AUGGCUGCAUGUGAUAUAGAAGAUGAUGCUGGCAAAAGUUUUAAUAGUCUUGAAGGGUGUCUUGAUCAUAUUUCCAGAGAGAAGGACAAGGAGAUGAAGCAAUUGAAAGAAAAUGAAACAACCAAAAAGGGCAUAAUUGAAGUAAGCCCUGAAGAAGAAAGAGAAGGAGAUAAGAGUCAAGUGAAAGAAACGACGAAAAUGGCUGCAUGUGAUAUAGAAGAUGAUGCUGGCAAAAGUUUUAACAGUCUUGAAGGGUGUCUUGAUCAUAUUUCCAGAGAGAAGGACAAGGAGAUGAAGCAAUUGAAAGAAAAUGAAACAACCAAAAAGGGCAUAAUUGAAGUACGCCCUGAAGAAGAAAGAGAAGGAGAUAAGAGUCAAGUGAAAGAAACGACGAAAAUGGCUGCAUGUGAUAUAGAAGAUGAUGCUGGCAAAAGUUUUAACAGUCUUGAAGGGUGUCUUGAUCAUAUUUCCAGAGAGAAGGACAAGGAGAUGAAGCAAUUGAAAGAAAAUGAAACAACCAAAAAGGGCAUAAUUGAAGUACGCCCUGAAGAAGAAAGAGAAGGAGAUAAGAGUCAAGUGAAAGAAACGACGAAAAUGGCUGCAUGUGAUAUAGAAGAUGAUGCUGGCAAAAGUUUUAACAGUCUUGAAGGGUGUCUUGAUCAUAUUUCCAGAGAGAAGGACAAGGAGAUGAAGCAAUUGAAAGAAAAUGAAACGACCAAAAAGGGCAUAAUUGAAGUACGCCCUGAAGAAGAAAGAGAAGGAGGUGGAGGGGUGUGGGGGGAAGCAACAAAAAUCCUGGUUACCGAUGUGUCAACCAGAAAUUGGCGACAUUUAUUAGCUUUGCUUACAGUAGCUAAUGAUGUUAAAAUUCACAGCACAAAGGCUUCACGAGCUCCUCUGUUCGGGCCUCUCUUCACCAUUUUCAUCUACCAACAGACGGGAAAGACAGCAGCAAUCAAGCGAAGCCUGCGGCGACGUCCGGCAAACAACCAGAUUGACUGCGUUUUGAAUCUAUCGGACGCAUUUCACCCUGCCGCGGUCGACACUUCCAACACCCAAGCGGAAUUGGGUGCUCCGAGGCCAUUCCACUUUCUCCCUAUCUACAGCGGCAGCUGCUGCCAUUACGGUUGUUGUGAGGCAGUUCUCUCUUCGGUUAUGACCGCUGAGAAGAGGAAGAAGCCUUCUUGUGAUUCCUCACCUGUUAGCUGUACGUCCGAUUGCUCUACCCGUUCGUCAACUGCAUCCAACAACUACAUCAAGUGCCUUGAGGUCUAUUUUGAGGCAAGUGCCUUCGUUGAGUUCCUUCUGCACCUGUUUUUGCUUUCACUAUUGAUUCAAAUGGCUUCUAGGAUUCACUGGACUGAUGCAAUGGAUGAAGCUUUCCUCACAGCCUACGUCAGUUUUCGGGAAAAUAACAUUUGGGACAACAGGAAGUCGCUAGAGACCAACUACGACAUGUUGGCAGCCCAUUUGGCGAGCAAUCACAUACUGACUGUGACUGGCCAGCAAUUGCAGACCAGAUUCUAUUACAUCAAGAAGAAAUGGGACCUGUUCUGCAAUCUGCGUGGGAUUUCAUCAAAGACAGAGACCGGGGUUGGGUGGAGUGAGGACAGCUACUGUUUCACUGCUGAUGAUGAACAUUGGGCCAACUUGGAGCAGACCAAUGCCUCGUACGUUGACUUCAAAAAAGAGAAUUCAUGCUACUGGUACGAUCGGUUGACACCGCUACUGCUUGGAAGACAUGCCACAGGCAGCCGUGCCCAGUCUGCAAGCGAGGUAGUUCCAUCGGAACCGCCUCGCCGAGAACGGUCCAACACUGCUGCUAAAAAUCGGAAGGGAAAAGGUCAAGCCUCUAGUUCGAGGGUGCCUACUCCGGUGAACGUACCAGCAGUUGAGGAUGACGACGACGUCUACUAUGUUCCCCCAGUUCCUGGUGCAGUUGGAGGAAAACGGUCAGCCUCAAGCUUAGGAACCAGUGGUGAACCUGAAGGGAGUAGAGGUUCAAAAUCGACACGGUCAUCUACUGGUCUUGAGGAUGCUAUAAGCAAGAUCGGGAAUUACACCGACUUCGUUCUUGAGGACAGACGGAGUAGGUCGGAGUUCGACUCCCUCUACGGCAUAAUGCAGUGCCAGGAUGUGAUCACCUCAAUGGAUAUUCCGGACGAGUGGAGACUUGAAGCAUGUGAUCACUAUGCCAAAUAUGAGAACGAGGGUGCAAGGAUUAUUUUUCUUAGAGCUUCUGCAGCCGAUCGCUACGGCUACAUCCUCAAGUUGAUGAAGCUAAAAGGCUUGGCCUAG